AAAAUAAGUCCUAGGUCUCUUGUUCGCGCUCAAUUUAGCAGUGUGCCUCAGUAAUGCCACUUUACCAUGAGCAUCUGUGUUACUAAUAUUCUUGUCCCUAUUUAUCUGGUUUCUGCUAGGCUCUUUAACUGACCACAUGAUAGACUCACAAUGUCUGAUUGGGACGUUCCUGCCUUGGACGUCACCUCUGGCUGGCAAGCAGACGAUGCUGCCAACAAUACAAGCCAGACAGUCGAAAUCCAGUUGCCUCCAGAAAGCGACCUCGCUUCCUCCGAGACACAUUUGAACGACACCCCAUCGAACUUGCCUGAUAUCAACGCGUCUCAGGCUGUGAACAUCUCCGACGACGUCUCGACCGUCCAAUCUGCAGAUCUAGACUCCAACGAGGCUGAGAAUGUCCCAGCUCAGGACAUUCCUUUACUUCAGUUAGCUCCUUUCACUGAGCAGUACGAACCUGACGACACCGAAUUCAGCGAGUUCGUUUAUGAGCGCGAUUUUGUGAGUAGUAACAACGUCCUGACGCAGUUGGAUAACUUGCUGAGAUUGACCAGGCUCCUAGCAUCGCGCCCGCCAAACAGGAAGACGACCCUCAGAAGCUUAUUGUGGUUCAGCCGAGGGAUUCGGAGGCUGCAAAAAACUUCAAUGGCACGCAGUGGAAAAACGCACAGUUCCUUGUGCAUGUGUUUGGGCUUGAAUGGGCGCCCACAACAGAAUUAUCUACCAUACUCCUGGUUUCAGAAAGAAACUGGAGUCAACAUGAGGGCGAGAGUUUGUGGUGCCAACCUCGCUUGCAAGAUCGUCAUUGAGCUCACCGUUGACCAUGAUUCGAACAUCGUCCACAAGGCUUUUCUCAAAUUCCAUGCUCGCACUCAUGUCAUGCACUACGAGUUCGUGAACAGGACUGUCAAGGAAUUCAGAUCAAAUCGCCGAAAAAAGCAGAAUGAGCACGUCGACGACGCUCUCAAGCAAAACAGCUACGUCAUUAUACGGUUUGUGACCCACGGCGGCGUUGGUAUCGGCCUUGACUUCGACGCUGAAUUCCUUAACAAGGAAGACCGUCUAAUACUCUGGUACACCAAGCAGCUGGCAACCAACUUCAAUAGCGACCCCUCCCAGAAGCGAGUGAUUUUCCGUCUCAAUGCGAGAUACAUAGAGUAUGAGCUGCAAAACACCCGCACAAAGCGUAAAGGUGAAGAACAGGAGCGUUUCUUUCAGCAAUUCGAACAUUUCAUGGAGGGUACUCGGCCAAUUCUGGCGCCCUACCGGGGAUGUGCGCGGAAACCCUAUCUGCCAAUGGGGCCAAUUCGUGAAGCGGAAGAUAGCUGCAGAUGAAAGCAACGGUCUCGUGCCAAUCCCAUCAUACACUUCGUUCGCGACGCUAGAGGAAAAUCGUAUCAUCUUCGCGUACGGCGCCUUCCUUGAAUGGAAAA